AUGGAUAUACAGAUGGAGGUUAUGACAGGGUACAAUUCCGAGUUGGAGUAUACCAUUCUUAUUCCAUUGCCACGACUUGCAAAAUAUGACACUCUAAAAAGAAAGAAAAAUAUGAAAGGUGCAAAAGAUCCAGAAAAGUCGCAGAAAGCUUCUGAACACUUUCAGAAAGUUGUAGAAGACCCAGAAAAGUCGCAGAAAGUCUCUGAACACUUUCAGAAAGUUGCAGAAGAACCAGAAAGUUGCAGAAAGUUUCUGAACUCUUUCAGAAAGUGUCUGAGCGUUUCCAGAAAGUUGCAGAAGAGUUGUAAAAGAUCUGAAAAAGUUGUUGAAAGCAAAGUUAACAAAGAAAGAGAGCGCUUUCGUCCAUACUCAUCAAGACGAAAGGGACGAAAUGGAAACAUCACUCUCAUCAACGCAUCAGAUGCUCGUUCUGUGAGAUCGACUCCAAGUCUCAGGGGAAACAAUGUUCUCUUACGUAGAUCACCUACCCGGACUAUUAGCGAAAACCUCAAUCGUCAAAGAGGGACUCAAGGUCAACACCCAAGCAUCCAGCAGCUUCAUGAGGAGGACAUCGCUAAUAGAGGAGAAUUGGAAAGGGAAAACAAGCGACUCAAGGUUGCAUUGGAGAAAAGAAAGGAGCUUGAAGAAGAAGCUAUUCCACAUUCCGAAAGUAAUAGGUCAAACCAUCAUUCUCAUCGAGAACGAAACGACCCACGCAAAGGGGACGAAGUUCUUGACGGUCGUCGGCUCAGUCAAAGUGAUGCAAGAAGAAGCGAGGAUGUCAGGAACGUUUAUCAAAGUCGCGAUCACCGUGAUGACGAUUAUUAUGAUCGUUAUGUGCCCGAUGAUGAUCAUUAUUACACGGCCGAACAAGAUAGGCGAACCAGAUCAAGUCGCAAGAAACAUAUACAAAGGGAUGAUCAUAUCAAUGAUGAUCACUCGAAGAGGUCUAGACGUGAUAAAGACCUUUCUAAAAGGAGAAAGGAGUCUGACAGGAAUGAACGGAUUCGCAGAGAAACUGAGGGAGACUCGGUGAGAGGAGAAGAACUCAGCAAAAGAAGGCUUAGUGAAAUGAUUGGUGAGCUGUUAGCCCAAAAGAAAUCCAAAGAUGAAGAGCAACAAAUUUUAUCAAUGAAAAAAUCGAUGGACUCCCCAUUUGUUGAAAAGAUAAGGCGCUACCGCCCACCCUCGAAUUUCAACCAUCCUCAAUUCAAGGAGUUUUUCGACGGACACAAUGGAAAUCCAGUGGAGCACGUCCAACGAUGUCAAGCCUCAAUGAGUUUGUGGAGCUUCAGCGAUGAGCUACUCUGUAGAACCUUUCCAAUGACCUUGACGGAGAGCCUGGCGAAAGUCUUUUUGAUUUUAAUAGGAGGUUUCGUCAGGAAGUUAAUGAAAUUGGAAAGGUGGACGAGGGAUUCGUAA